CGGGCACGGAUUGCACCGCGGCUCCCGGGUGGGCCUGGCGCGCCUCCCCGAGGGUCCAAAGGGCGCCCGGGCUCCGAGUGCCCGUCUCCCGGCUCUGCGUCUCGGCUCCCGGAGGGCUGGGGUUGGCUCGCAGGCGCUGCGGGGAACAGCAAAUCAUUUCAACUUCAAAGCAUCUUAGGCUAAGAAACUUUCAACUGUGCUGAGAAACUUAGGAGACAGUUUUUCCUUCUCUCUCAUUUGAAAGGGUUUAAAGAAGAAAUAAAAUGGCAGAGGUUUAAAGUUAAUAUUCAGGAUGAAUGAUGGUAAUUCAGAUGACAAGACAGAAGAUGAACUGCAAUCCUUAUUUAUCAGUGAUAAAAAUGGAAACACAUAUGCAUACAACCAAAAAUCACCACCUACACAAAACUCUUCAACCAAUAAUAUGAAUUGGAAUUCUGCCAACCCAGAUGACAUGGUAGUUGAUUAUGAAACCAAUGUUGCUGUGGACAUUGGUGAAAAUGUUUCUUUAAACCCUCGGUGUGUUGAAGUACUUGAUCACCAAAAAUCUUCAAGUGAUUUCGUUAGUAAGGAGGUGUUAGAUAUGCAUAAAGAUUCCACAUGUCAGUCUACUGCACAGAUUGUAAAUGCAGAGGAGGCCAUGUAUCUACAUAACAAUUGUCAUUCUCUGGCAUCAUUUCAGGGCCAGGGUGUUGAGACAUCUCUGCCUUUUGUGUGGAAAUCUAAUGAUGAUUUGAACUGUAAAGACUACCCUUCUGCCUUGGAGCUAAACCAAACAUUUGACAUGAAAUUAGAUAACGUUAACUGUACCUUUAUCACACAUCAUACCAUUGGAAAGAGUCAGUCUUUGCAUACCACUGGAAGUCUGCAACCAACCCUCAUGAGAAGUGGAAAUACAUCUUUACCCUGUUCCAUUCAUGCGUCUUCCCAUUCUGAUAAGAUACAUGUUAGAGAAAUGAGUUACGAUAGAAACAGCUUUGAAAACCCUCAAGCCACAGCAUCAGAGGCCCAAGACACAACUUACACAGCAUUUUCUGAUGUGGUGAUGCAAACUGAUGUUGUUCCAGAUAUUGGAAAUUGGUGUCAAUAUUCUUCGGGAAAGGUCACCAGUGAGUACACAGAUGGGUCACAGCAAAGACUAGUUGGAGAAAAAGAGAUACAAGCCCUAACACCAGUUUCUGAUGACAUGGAUGUUCCCAAUGGGUCUGUAUUACAAGAGUUCUUUUGUUUAUCUAAAGAUGAACCAAAUAGUGAGACACAUUCACAGAGCUCAUAUGGGCAAAAGGAAAUGGGCCAAAAUCUAAGAGAAACAGUGUCCAAUUGUCUUAUAGCUGAUGAAUGCCCUUUACUGGUGCCAGCUUUUGAUACAAGCAGAGCCCAAGUGCUGAACCCAGAACAUAAAGUCACUGUGGCUGAGGACACACAAAUUGCUUCCAAUGAAAAGGAUUUGGAAACUCAAAAUCGUAUCGUAGAAUUGAUACUGAGUAGCCCCCCAGGACAAAAAGUGGCUUCAUCAUUUGAACUGACUUGGGAUGCAAAUGAUAUGGUCAUUAGCCCAAAUAACACAGUUUGCUUGUCGACACCAGUCCUAGAACCCACAAAUGCAACCUUUUCUAUUUCUCCCAUUGAAGCAACAGAGAAAUGUAGUAAAGUGGAGAAGAGUAAUCGAGAGCUUAGAAAUUUACCAAACUUGAAGGGGAUGCCCCUGAACAUGUCUAAACCUAAUCUAGGAAAAUCAACAGCCAAAACAAAUACCCCUAUAGGCAGCAAAGUUAGAAAAACUGAAAUUAUAAGUUACCCUAGACCAAACUUCAAGAAUGUCAAAGCAAAAGUUAUGUCUAGACCAGUGUUGCAGUCCAAAGACCAUGCUUUAUCAAAGGUCACACCCAGAUGUCAGUCAACCAGUGCCUCGUCACCGUCAUCGGUGUCUUCCUCAAGACAGUUGAUAGUUUCGAGCAAAACACCAAGAUCUGACUUGAACGCAGACACAAAAGCAGAAAUCCUAAUUAACAAGACACGCAAGCAGCAAUUUAAUAAACUCAUUACCAGCCAGGCUGUGCAUGUUACAACUCAUUCUAAAAAUGCUUCACACAAGGUUCCAAGAACAACAUCUGCCAUGAAAUCGAAUCAGGAAGAUGUUGACAAAGCGAGUUCUUCUAACUCAGCCUGUGAGAGUGGGUCCGUGGCUGCAUUUUUCCAGAAGAUCAAAGGCACACUCCCUGUUAAAAUGGAAAGCACGGAAUGUUUGGAAAUGACAUGCACUUGCAACAUCAAUAGGAUUAGCCCUGAAAAGAAGGGUGAAAAAGAAAAUGGGACACCUGUGGAAAAACAAGGGCUAAAAAAGGAAAUUAUGAAUGAGACUUUUGACUAUGAUUCUCUGUUACUGGGUUCUGCUUCAAAAACUGCAGCCACCUCAGGUAGGAAUAUAUCCAAGCCUGACUCCUCCAGUUUGAGAAAAACACCUGGUCCAAAAGCCAAAGUGGGGUCUUCUGUUUCCUGUUUGAGGCGAAAUAGCGACAGUAGAAAUCUCAAUUCUGAUCGUGGCUUAACUCCUCAGAGGAUCAGGCGUGUGUCCACUUCUGGGAAACCUACGUCCUUGAAAACUGCACAGCCGUCUUGGUUGAAUUUGCCUAGACCACUUCCUAAAUCCAAAGUAUCUUUGCAAAGUUCCGCGCUGCGGAGGGCAGGAAGCACCUCCUCUCUCGCCAGCACCCACAGCGAUCUGAGCACUUGCAGCAAUAAUCCUGGUAAUGCCGCUGUCAUCAAGUAUGAGGAAAAGCCUCCAAAACCAGCAUUUAAAAAUGGUUCCUCAGGAUCCUUGUAUUUGAAGCCUUUGGUGCCCAGAGCUCAUGCACAUUUACUCAAAACUCCUCCAAAAGGUCCUUCAAGAAAAAAUCUUUUUACAACUUUUAAUGGAGUUGAAAAGGGCAGGCAAAAGAAUCCCAGAAGUUUAUGUAUCCAGACACAGACGUCUCCAGAUGUGCUGUCCUCUGAGAAAACACUUGAGUUGGCUCGGUAUAAAACAAAAUGUGAAAACCAAAGUGGGUUUAUUCUGCAGCUCAGGCAGCUUCUUUCCUGUGGUAAUACCAAGUUUGAAGCAUUAACAGUUGUGAUUCAGCACCUACUGUCUGAGCGGGAGGAAGCACUGAAACAACACAAAACCCUAUCUCAAGAACUUGUUAACCUCCGGGGAGAGCUAGUCACUGCUUCAGCCACCUGUGAGAAAUUAGAAAAAGCCAGGAAUGAGUUGCAAAUAGCCUAUGAAGGAUUUGUCCAGAAGUUAACCCAGCAGCACCAGACUGAUCUAACAGAGCUAGAGAAUCGGCUGAAAGAAUUUUACACCAGCGAGUGUGAAAAGCUUCAGAACAUUUACCUUGAAGAAGCAGAGAAGUACAAAAAUCAAUUGCAGGAGCAGUUUGACAACUUAAAUGCUGCCCAUGAAACCUCUAAGUUGGAAAUUGAAGCUGGCCACUCAGAGAAAGUAGAAUUGCUAAAGAAGUCCUAUGAAACCUCCCUUUCAGAAAUCAAGAAAAGCCAUGAAAUGGAAAAGAAAUCACUUGAGGAUUUGCUUUAUGAGAAGCAGGAAUCACUAGAGAAACAAAUCAAUGAUCUGAAGAAUGAAAAUGAUGCUUUAAAUGAAAAGUUGAAAUCAGAAGAACAAAAAAGAACAUCAAGAGAGAAAGCAAAUUUGAAAAGCCCUCAGAUCAUGUAUCUAGAGCAAGAAUUGGAAAGCCUGAAAGCUGUGUUAGAGAUCAAGAAUGAGAAACUUCAUCAACAGGACGUCAAGUUAAUGAAAAUGGAGAAACUGGUGCACAACAACACAGCCCUGGUCGACAAAUUGAAGCGAUUCCAACAGGAGAACGAGGAAUUAAAGGCUCGGAUGGACAAGCACAUGGCAAUUUCAAGGCAACUUUCCACCGAGCAGGCCGUCCUGCAGGAGUCGCUGGAGAAGGAGUCGAAAGUCAACAAGCGACUCUCCAUGGAGAACGAGGAGCUGCUGUGGAAGCUGCACAACGGAGACCUGUGUAGCCCCAAGAGGUCCCCCACGUCCUCCGCUAUCCCCUUCCAGUCGCCAAGGAACUCGGGCUCCUUCUCCAGCCCCAGCGUCUCACCCAGAUGACGCUGUCGGAAAGCCAGGAGACUGUCGGAAGGCAUUUCUACAGGUCUGCAGGGCUGACCCAACCGUGACCGUGGGAGCAAGAGCUGCAUU